CUGGCUGUCUCACUGGAAACAGUUCAUGUUGUCCCUUCCAAAGCCUCCUCAGUCUUCUCAAAGCUUGCCCCACAUCCCUUCCCCGAGAUCUCAAGAAGGCCAAGAGGAUACCAGCUGAGGACAUGGAUGCACACAGGUCCCUUUCCUUCUGCCUGUGCCUUCUGGCUGCUCAAAGUAUCCAAGCAGAAACACUGUCAGAGCUACUGCACCUGAUGAAGCGCCUUGAGCGGCCCUUUGGCCGGACCUUGUCUUCCAGAGUGAGGCAUAUCCAUCGCCUGGAGGAGAUGCUGCUCAACGCCAGCUUCCGCGGGCACAACUUGACGCUGCAGACAAACUCUAUCCAGUCUCUGGUCUUCAAGCUGGGUUGCAACUUUCCUGGCCUCUCCCUGUCCAGUGCCACCCUGACAAAUGCCUCCCAGGCCUGGGCCCCACAUGCCAUGCAGUUUCCUGCUGAGCUGACCCAGAAGGCCUGUGUGACGUCCAGGCCUGCGGAGCUCCGGCUCAUCCGCAUCUACUUCUUCACCGCAGACCUCUUCCAGGACGACAGUAACUCAUCCCUGCUCAAUAACUAUGUCCUGGGGGCCCAGCUGGACCACAGGCCCGUGAACAACCUUCAGAAGCCGGUCAACAUCAGCUUCUGGCACAACCAAAGUCUGGAAGGGUACACAGUAACCUGUGUUUUCUGGAAGGAGGGAGCCGCCGAGCGCAGCUGGGGGGCCUGGAGCCCCGAGGGCUGUUCUACAGAGCAGCCCUCACCCUCUCAAGUUCUCUGCCACUGCCACCACCUCACCUACUUCGCGGUUCUCAUGCAGCUCUCUGCAGACCCGGUGCCCGCUGAGCUACAGGUGCCCCUUGAGUACAUCUCCCUGGUGGGCUGCAGCAUCUCCAUUGUGGCCUCCCUGCUCGCCAUACUCCUGCAUGCCCACUCCAGGAAGCAAAGUGACUCCAUCUCACGCAUCCACGUGAACCUGCACGGCUCUGUUCUGCUCCUGAAUGUCACCUUCCUUCUGAGCUCCCAGAUGGCCCCACUCACAGUGCCCAGGUCAGUCUGCCUGGUGCUGGCUGCCACCCUACACUACGCGCUGCUCAGCUGCCUUACCUGGAUGGCCAUCGAAGGCUUCAACCUCUACCUUCUCCUGGGGCGCGUCUACAAUGUCUACAUCCACCGAUACUUGCUCAAGCUCUGCGUGCUGGGCUGGGGGUUUCCCGCCCUCCUGGUGCUGUUUCUUCUGGUGGUCAAGAGCUCAGUGUACGGGCCCCGUGAGAUCUCUUUCUUCAAUAGCCAGGAAAAUGGCACAACCUUCCAGAAUGUGUCCAUGUGCUGGGUGAGCAGUCCCACGGUACACAGGGUCCUGGUCAUGGGCUAUGGUGGCCUAACAUCUCUGUUCAACCUGGUGGUGCUAGCCUGGGCUCUGUGGAUCUUGUGCAGGCUCCGGGCUCGGGAGAAGGCACUGAGCCCCUGGGCCUAUCGGGACACUGUCAUGGUGCUGGGCCUCACUGUGCUACUGGGCACCACCUGGGCCCUGGCCUUCUUCUCCAUCAGUGUCUUCCUGCUGCCUCAGCUCUUCCUCUUCACCAUCUUCAACUCGCUCUAUGGUUUCUUCCUCUUCCUGUGGUUCUGCUCACAGAGGCAUUACUCAGAGGCCAAAGCCAAGGCAGAGAAGGAGGCAGUCAGCUCCUCCCAGAUGACACACUAAUCCAGCUCCCAGCCUGCAGUCUCAGCCUCUUCUACUCCCAGCAGCCCACAGCCCUGGCUCAUCCAGGGAAGGCGGUGGGCUGGUUGCGGAACACCAGAGUCCGCUGUACCCUCCAGGGGUCCAUUUCACCUCUCAGAAUUACCUAGGGCAGAAGACAGCGUGUGGAUCCUUGUCCUGGUCCUUCAUACCUGAGUGCAGUUCCAUUGGCCAGCUAUGGACAGAGCACAGGCCUGCGAGCCAGGAGGCUACGCCAGGCUGGAUCACACCUGCUCAGCACUUACAGAUACUCACACUGUCCUGGCCUAAGCCUGGGGCCACUCUUCCUUCUGUCAGUCCCAACUGAUGACGACUUCAACUUUCUAUCUUUCCCAAGGCCAAGAAAUCCAGCCCUUCCCCCUCCUUAGUCCCCACCCCCACAGGUGGUGUAGACCAGCAGCCAAAGCCAGGCCUCUGUCUCUUCCUUGAAACAGAGCCAGCUGGGCUUGAGG